AUGUCGACGGCAUCGAAUGUACCCCGGUACCUCUUUCGUGCGUAUUCCCCAGCAUCAGAGGGUUAUAAUAGUCGUGAGAGAUUCGGGUCGAUGGCGCGAACCAACGACAUCCUUGACAUCACGUCCCUAGCCCAGCUCGCGCCUGGGGCAGCACGCAGCAUGGUCAAAGAUCACCUCAUUUGGGAAAGCCGGAAAGAGCGAAACGACGACAUCUUUAUAUCGUUUACCUCAUCCUUUCUCUUUGCCCUCCAGCACUGUGUUCGCAAGAUUGCCACGUGUCAGCACACGACUGCAGAAAACUGCUACAUACAUGUGAUCGACACGUCGAAAUAUCCGCCUGGCACGUUUUCCUGGACGGUGGAUCUUCUGAAAGAUCAUGGUCUCGACGAAAACGACCAUCCUCGGCUGCGCCACGAUUACCAUGAAGCGGAAUACCUGGCUCAAUUUGAGCUGUGUGUUCAUCCGCCGACGGCUUCGGAGUCAGACGGCCUCGUCUCUAUGAGUCAACUGAUUACGGCAGGAGGCCUUUUCCAGAUCCUUCCUGAGCUCGACGACGAAACUUACCGGGGGGAACUUCGAAACCGAUUGGAACAGCUUCGGCAUGUUUGGUACCGCGAGGAAGAGGCGGUGACUGCAGGGGAUAUAGAGGGAGCACGGCGAUUGGCAUUGUGCUUUGGUUGUCAGUGGAUGAUCCCCAUGAUGAUAUGGGUUCUUGCCAUGAAGGCCCGACCUCAGGACGACAAGAUGGUGCAAGCAGAGUUCAGUGAUUGCUUUUGGGGUGUGUUCUCCGCUCUGUAUCUUUCUCCGUCUGGCACUGACUGGGUGAUAGGGACGAUGCCGACGCCAUAUCUGUUCGAGGAUCCACAAACCGAUAUCCCUCCCACCCUCACAGAGCUUGCAGAAUGGGCAAAACUGAUGGGGACGGCCCUCAGAGCUCAAAGAUCUGUGAGGACGGGGAGCCAUCCAGGUGCCGAGAAGAGUGUAGACGACAACAACAUGAACCUGGAGAUAACUCCGUAG